AUGUUACAUUCAGCAGCGUUUGCUGCAGCUGCAGCGCUGUACAACGCAGUACUUGCUGGUGCAGAGCCCCCCACGGCGCAGGCGGGCAUGGUAGUCGGACAGCUGCGCGUAGCGCCAGCAAGCGGAAGAAAUGCAAUGAUCGGCAUUGGGAAUGAUCCCGAUCAGUUUCAAAUGGGCAUCGAUGGAUCGGGGAACUUCAUCAUAGCAAGCCCACGAGCAACAAUACUGAGCGUGGACAGCGAAGACACCAUGAACAUCUAUGCCAACGUUUCGACCAGGUGUUACUGA